AUGCUCUCCAUUCUCGCUGAACGGGGCGUCCGUGGCCGCCUGCUGGCGUGGGUGGGCCAUUAUCUGGAGGGACGGAGAGCGGCCGUCCGAUUUCAGGGCCAUACGUCCGCGAUAGAGACUUUUGAGAACGGCACGCCUCAGGGUGGCGUCCUGAGCCGCGGGCUGUUCCAUCUGCUCGUCGCGAAGGGCACGUCCCUUCCGACGAGCCGAACCGCCAGAGUCCUAUCGUAUGCGGACGAUGUGGCCCUGGUGGUGGGGCCCCAACCAGGUGGCCUGCGCCCGCCAGCUCCUCCGCCGGCUGACUCAGACGUGCGCCGCCCUAGGCUGGUCGUCAACAGGACUAAGACAAAGGCCAUGGCCUUCCGCCACGGCCACCUUCCUGAGCCCUUCGACCUCGAGGGUACGCCCGUGCCGUGGGUGCACACUUACAAGUACCUCGGGGUCACUGUUGACUCCAGCCUGUCCUUUGGCCCGCACAUCGCCCGUGUGCGGGACGAGGUCCGGCGGCGCACUAAUGUGAUGAGGGCCCUUGCCAGAACAGCUGGUGGGUCUGGGGACAGGGUCCUGCGGACUUUCUACAUCCAGGGCGUUCGGUCCUGUAUUGAUUAUGGGACGCCGUGCCUGCUGACGGUGGGUCCGGCGGCGCUUAGGCCGCUGGAGACAGCUCAGAACGCCGCCCUCCGCGUCAUCAUUGGCGCCCCCAUGUGGACGAAAUGCGUGUGCCUCCGGGCGGAGGCACGCGUGUGCAGCGUCGCCGCGAGAGUCACCCAACUCUCAGUGGGGCAUCUGGCGGCGCUGCUCAGAUGCAUGGGGGCGGAGCAGCUCCGUGCCUCCGUCGGGCAGGCCCUCCUGCAGGACCCUCUCCUGUUCCGCAAGAGAACGACGGCCCUCCUCACCCCUCUGGAGUUGGCCAGGGAGGCAGACAGCAGAGAGCGGGAAGCAGCGCACCCUGGAGCCUCCGUGUACUUCACGGACGGCUCCGUCAACCACCAGACGGGGGCUGUCGGCGCUGCUUUUGUGUGCGGUGGGGUCACUGCUGUUUUUCGUCUGCCAGACGGUUGUUCCUCCACCCAGGCUGAGCUGGCAGCCAUUGGCGGGGCGCUGGAUCAUGCAGUGGAAGGGGGUCGGGGCCCUGUCUUGAUCCACUGCGAUUCAGUCCCUGCCAUCCGCUCUCUGCUACAGGACCCCCCGCGCGACAACGUGUCUCUCCUCACCUCCAUCCUUGCGAGGCUGGCAGAGUUGAGAGGAGCGGGGCGCCCUGUAAAAGUUAACUGGUUGCCCAGCCACUCGGGCGUGGCAGGCAACGAGGCGGCGGACGGCGCUGCUGCUGAGGCAACGCUCCUGCCUGCUGUCACGCGGCCUGUUGAGCUGGAGGAGGCCCUGGCUGCGGGCUCGCCGUCCGCGUUUUGGUACUCGGCGGCCACUAACACCGGCGCCCGCCAGCUGCCGCCAAAUCUGCCGAGACGGGAGGCAUCCAACAUCCGCCGCCUCCGUCUCGGCUACAAAUGUGCGUCGGUCCUUCACCCGGAUGACCCUGUCCCUGUCGAGUGCCCGUACUGCGAGGAGGAGGGAGCGGAGCGUGUGGUGUGA